AAAAUAAAGGCUACAAAAGGUAUUGAGUGUAGGAAGUUACCAGCUCGUCGGCAAAGCUAAUCAUCUUCGUAUGAAUCAAUCAACUUGACUUUAUCGUCUCUUCAAAGCCACCUAAACUCAUUUUUCUUCUCUACCCAUUGUUUACAAUCGGAAUUUAAACUUUCCGGCAUCAAUUUCCAGCAUUCUUGAUUUUCCGGCGAGAUGACCGGAGGAGUUCAUUCACAACCGGAGAUCCAAAUCCAGGUCCAUUCAAGGAAAGGGGGUAACUCAGUAUACCCAGUAGAGCCAGCUACGACAACAACAGCAUCAUCAGGAGGACCUGCUUUUUAUAGAGAAAUUAAGCAUUUCAAGAAAUGGUUUCCAUGGUUGAUACCAUCUUUUGUUAUAGUCAAUGUAGUGACAUUUUUGGUGACCAUGUAUGUGAAUAACUGCCCCCACAACUCUGUUUCUUGUUAUGCUGGAUUCUUGGGUAGAUUUUCAUUUCAGCCCUUCAGUGAAAAUCCUCUUCUUGGGCCUUCUUCUACCACGCUAGAGAAGAUGGGUGCUCUAGAUGUGAAUAAGGUGGUCCGCGAACAUCAAGGGUGGCGCCUUAUUACUUGCAUGUGGUUGCAUGGUGGAGUUUUUCAUUUACUGGCCAACAUGCUGAGUCUUCUGGUGAUUGGCAUUCGGCUGGAGCGAGAGUUUGGAUUUGUACGCAUUGGCGUGCUCUAUAUCAUCGCCGGACUUGGUGGCAGUUUGUUCUCAGCUCUAUUUAUUAAGUCAAAUAUAUCUGUUGGUGCUUCUGGUGCACUUUUUGGGUUGCUGGGAAGCAUGCUUUCAGAGCUCAUAAUCAAUUGGACCAUAUAUGCCAAUAAGAUUGCAGUUUUAGUGACCCUUGUGGUCAUCAUUAUUAUAAAUCUGGCAGUUGGACUUCUCCCGCACGUUGACAACUUCGCUCAUAUUGGAGGAUUUGUGUCUGGUUUUCUUCUUGGUUUCGUAUUUCUGAUCCGGCCCCAGUUUGGCUGGGUGAGCCAGAGAUAUGCAUCCAGAGCAUAUUCAACAUCGGCUAAACCGAAAUUCAAGAUGUAUCAAAUGGUUCUAUGGGUUGUUUCUCUUAUUCUUCUGAUAAUUGGGUUCACUAGUGGCUUGGUCAUGCUUUUCCGCGGGGUAGAUUUAAAUGAUCACUGUUCUUGGUGCCAUUAUAUGAGUUGUCUACCCACUUCAAGGUGGAGCUGCAACACAGAGCCUGUUUCCUGUAUGUCCGAGCAAACGAGUAACCAGCUCACAUUGACAUGCUCCAACAGUAACAAGACGAGAACAUAUUCAUUGUCGAAUCCAAGUACGUCUAAGAUCCAGGGACUGUGUACUCAGCUGUGCCGUUGAAUAGCCAUCACUUACAAUUUGUUUGUAAAUUGAUGUCAUUUCAGAAAUCUUACAUAACAUCUGAUCCAACUGUUAUUUUUGUUUGUAUUGGACAACAUUCUUAUAUAGUAUAAGAAAAAAGUUCAUAUUG